AUUUGAAGAUUUGGUCGGUGUCAACAUUCGAGUGUCACUCAUUUAAAUGUCGAUAUACUGUGUAUUACGUGUACUUUAAAGCCUCAUAUACAAACAAGAUAAAAACAUCACGACAACAACAAUGCUCGAAAAUGGCCAAAAAUAGCUACAGUAGGUAGUAAGGGUGAUUGUCGAUCAUACAAAAAAGUAAGAUAGUAUUUAUACGACGUGGACAUAGGCCAGUCUGGAAACAAUUUGCCAUAUCGCGAUGUAUCGCGAGCGCGAAGGCCUUAAUCAUGAGAUGAGAAGAACUUCAUGUCAACAAAAGAUUGAAGCCCAUGAAUUGCAUUGUGAGAAGAGGGAACAUGAUACGCUCAAUCAAACAGUCACAUUUCCACAGAUUCUUGGUGCCAGUGCUAUCUUGGUCGGUCUGCGAAUGGCCUCAACAUUUCGCAAGCCCGACCACCAUCGCGAGAGAACGCGUUGUCCAAGGCUCCCCCAACAUAAUUAUAAAACACGCAAUCACCAUGCGCAAACUUAUUUUAGUAAUUUAGAUCGUCUGCCUCACAAGAACCACGAGUUUUCGAGUCUCAGUGGAGAUUGCAAGAUAAUUCUCUGUGGGGGACGAAAUGGCAUCGAAGGUGGGGAGAGGAGAACAUCACAUUCAAGGCCUCGUUCACAUUGCGCCAUUUUCUAUCGACGGCCUCCUGCCUUCUCCUCGCAAACCACAUCCGCCAGGAAAAAAAGGCACACGUCCAUGAUGACUGAACAGAUUUACAUGCCUAGACGAACUAAAAGCUAGUGCAAUAAAUCGAAUAGAGGUUGGGAGUCAAAAGGUGGGAGCGAUCAAAGUCGGAGCGAAAGCAAAGGUGGGCGAGAGCGAAAAACCGUCGAGGAGAGUUGGGGCCGACUCUCCAACUCUCUCGGUCCACAAGACCACGUACCGGCGAUUUCUUGGGAUCAGAAACACUGGUGAAUCCCCAGAGCCUAAGUCGACAGGAGGCGUAUACUAGGA